UGCCGCAGCUGCAGCCCUCGGCUCGGUGCUCGUCCUCCUGGCACAGCAUCACAUUUGUUCACUGUAGAGUCGAGCAGAGCCGCUCUUCCCUUGAGAGUUUACGGCCGCUGCCUGAACCGAUGUCUGCGGACUCAUUUCGUCUUCUCCCGCCCAGUCUUUGUGGCUGUACAUUGGGGAAUAACGCUCCGGAGGCUGGAGACUUCCUUGCAUGACCACAAAACCCAGAUCGACGCGCACGUGUGGCUGCCACAAUGCUUGGGCUACAGGGAAGUACCUCAUCCCCCAAAGUGUAUCGUUGUGUGGCAUGUUCAGCCACCUUCACUGGAUUGGCCUCCUUGCUCGUACAUCAGGCAACUCAUGCUGGUGCAGUCUCCAAGGGCCCUGCCCCUCCACAGCCAAACAGCCCACAUGAAACACUGUUGUCAAGUAUGGACUCAUCCAGUGAGCACCCCAAUCCACAGACACUAUCGCCUGGGUGUUCUUCACCUUCUUUUUAUAUUUGUGAUUGCGGAGAGGAGUUUCAGGACUUCAGUCUUAUGCUGGAGCAUAAGCAAUCGCACGUCUCUCAAAUACAGCUACUGCAACCUGUGGAUAGUAAUAGUGUUCUCUCCAGUGGAACAGGGUGUGAUAAAGUUUUACCCUCUAGGCAUAUAUCAUUGAUUCCAACUGCAACCCAUCCUGGUUUGGUCCUUAGUUCCCCCUCUACCUCAAGGUCUCCAGCUGUCGAGCUACCCACAUUAACAGACCAUAAAGCAGAUGUAAGCCUAGAGGAUGGCAUUGCCAUAGUAACCACUCCUCAAGGCGAGUGUACACCUCCUCAACAUGACAGUGAGAAACAACUCAAGAGUGUUGUUGGGGAGAUGUCAGCCACAGCAGAGCAAAUACCACAGACUGCAGAGGACAUGGAUUUGCAAGACAAAACCAAUGCUGUUCUCGGUAGCAAAAAGGUUGAGAAUUUGCCCGGAAAUAACUCCCUAAUGAAGAUGGUGGCAUCGGCGUACAUGAAGCAUUUUUCACAACCUUUGUCUCAGACUCAAAACAAUAACAUUAUAACCCCCAAACAAGAAGCCUUCCCUGUUGAUAUAACACCAGCAGCAAAAACAGAGGUGUCUCCAAUCAACGAUCUCUCUAUUGCACAAUUGAGGCGGUUGCUUGCAAAACCCGGUAUAAAGACUAAAGCUCCAUCCAUCAGCAGAAUUCUUGAGUCCAGUAAGAAAAAGGUUGUCUCUCUGACUAAGACUUUCUCACCUGUUGUGGUUCUUGAAACCCGUCAGAAGCUCAUGGAUGCUAACAGUAAUGGCACAUAUGGGAGAUAUCAGUGUGGCCGCUGUCGAAGGGUCUUUCAAAACUUGGACAAACUGACAGAGCAUCAUUUCUUGCACAAAAAAGAGAGGAUUAAAUGCUGCCGUCGCUGCAAACAGCUGAUCAUUGGGCGGCUGCCUUUACCUGACAAUCACGUAUGCCCUCAGUUAGGAAACAAGACAAUACAGCCAUCAAGCUCCCUUCAGAAAAAGUUACCACUUGCCCAAAAAAUAGUGCCAUUCCAUAGUCUAAACAAUUCAAAAAAAGUUUUUUUCUGUCCAUUGUGCAAGCACAGUUACGCACGGAGGUGGAACCUCAAAAUGCACAGGUGCCAGGGCCCGCGCUCAGCCCCCUCUCCGCAGACCAAUCCUUCCAUUCAGAGAAUGAUAGAGCUGAGAUCAAACUGUCAAAUCAAAACAGAUGCGGGGUUUAAAGCUGGAUCUCACACUGCCAAGAGUGUUGGUGUGGGCACUGAAGUUACUGGUCAUAUCAAGGUAGAGGUGACCUCUCCAAAUUCUGAAGAGUCCCCAGUUUCACAGGUGUCCUGGACUCAUCCAGCAAAAAGCUUCUCACCAUUCUACUCCAAAGCGUCCAUGAUGGAGCAGCACACAGAUACCUCUCUCAGUGAGAUUUCACCCCAGCAAGUAGAAGAAAACAGCUGGGAUGCAGCAGCUGAUGAUGAUGAAGACAGUGAUGAAGGGCAGUGGACGAUGCCCUUGGAUGAUGAAAUGGAGGUGCUGAGCUCUACAGAGACAGCUGUUAACAAUAGAGAGGUGAAGAAGUCUAUGACAGGCGAAGCCGCAGCACUCUCUAGCCUGCGCUAUUUUGUCAGAGAUGGCGUAAAACGCUACCCCUGUAACAGGUGUCAGAAAACCUACAGCCGGCCGUCCACUUUGAGACGCCACCUACGACUGUGUGGAUUUAGGCCACGUGCAAUCGGGACUGUAGGACAGAGUGGUGGUCAGGGUGCCACUUUACAAUCUGCCAACAGCAUGAAACCAAUGUUUCCUUGUUUUGUCUGUGGGAAGACCUUUAACCGCAAAGAUAACAUGAUGGUCCACAGAAAAAAAUGUCAGUUGCAACGAACAAUGACAGAUGGUGGACAGGUGGAGAGAGGGACUGUGCAGCAGAGUAUGUCGGGCAAUGCAACAGACUGUCAGACCAAGGAGGAUGAUGGAGGCAACUGGGGCAUCAUGUCACUGCCCUCAGUACUUCCAAGAAGGGUGACAUGUGAGUGUGGGGUUGGAUUUACAUCUCCAAGGCUUCUCCUGGAGCAUCUGCAGAAGCAUGCGCAGGAAUCCUACACAUGUCCAACUUGUGGCGAGACCGUUAGUUCCUGGGCAGACUACGAAGUUCAUCUGCAGAUCCACAUGCAUCCUCAUCACCAGCUCCUGAAGGGACUAAAGCCACAGCGAUCACAACCUUUACUACUUCGAUUUCAGCAGCAACCUCAGCGGCAGCCAUCUCCGCCAGUGCAUCAGCCUCCGCAGAAGCAGCUACGCACAGAGCAGGUUCCAAAUCCAACAAAGAAGCAGCAGCGGAUUGUAUGCACACGAUGUGGCAACACUUUUGCUACUCGCUGCUCCCUCCGAAGGCACAUAUCCUGGAAUCGAUGCAAAGGUGGACGGGCUACAAAUGCCACAAACCCACCCAAAACCCAUAACUGUUCCCACUGCAACUCUGACUUCCCAAACACAAUCAGUCUUAUGUUUCACCAGAGGAGUGGGGCAUGCAAGCCCGCCAUCAAGCCUGUGCGUUGCCCCGUUUGUCUUCGCUGGUUUGGCACCAUGGACGGAUUGCAGAAACACCUGCUUACCCACAAACAGUCUGAGUCAUAUCGCUGUGAUGUCUGUCAGGGUACAUACCCAAAUCUGAAAUCACUCAAGAACCACCGCAGGAGGAUUCAUCGCAUCAUGGCUGGAGACACCAAGCCACAAACACAAGAACAGUUGACAGCUUAAUGACACUUAACUUUUUUUCUGAAAAGAAAAAGGCUAACAUGGGAGUGGUGCAUUCAAAAACAGACCACAUUUUAUAGUAGUUUGUUCCGUCCACAUGUGCCAAUCGUACUUUACUUGUUUAUUUGUUUUUUAUGCUCAAAUUAUUUUGACACUGUACAACCACAUGUUUUUUUAUUUUUAAAGCUACUCUGAGGGUGUGUUAUAGAAGCUUGCCACUAUUAAAAAAAAAACUUUUGUAUAAUGUACAUAUGUUUUCUUUUUAAAUCAAUCCCUUUAUUAGGUCUACAUGUGGAAGUAUAAUACAUGCACUUGAGAAAAAUGAUUCUGCUCUGUUGUUUUUUUUUUUAAGUGAGAUUAUUAUAAUCUAAUAAAAAAUAAUUCUGUUAAUUCAGAAAUGUUUGAGACAAUGUUCUCAUAUCGGAGAGAGGGCAAAUAUUUUUUUUUCUCAGGUGAAUGCAUUACUCUUAUGUAACUACAUAGACUCAUUAGCCUGUAAAUGUUUCUGAGUAUUUGGUAAUCAAACUUUUAUCACAGAUUUUGUGAUGUAGCUUGUUGUUGUUCCUGGUGUUAAUAAACAUACCAGUAUAUGAAAUAUGUCACUAUAUCAAUGUGUGUGUUAUGGGCUCUAAUAUGAAAUGCUUUGAAGUAAGCCAUCGAAUCCUGGAAUAAGUCUUUUUAAAGCUACUAAUGUUUAUGUAUUUGCUUUUACUCAUCAGAGUUAUCCAGAUAACUUUUAAUUGUUUUUGUGAGACAGGCUUUUUCAUUUAAUACAAAUGUCUCAUCCAUUAAAAAAGUAGAGUCAUAAGUAUUUUGCUAUGUUCACAAUAUUUUAAUGUGCGGUUAAUUACAGAA